UGGUGUGGGCAAUGUUGUCAAAAGCGCAAAAGGUAAGGAGCAAAAACGGAAACACAAAAAAGUUGCAUGCAAGAACUCGGAUUUUAAGGGCAGUAUAUGAAGACGCUUGGCCUCAAGAUUCCAACAAUUUAUUACCAAGAUUUCUCCUACUUCCUCCUCCUCCUCUUUUUUCUUCUUCAAUAUCACCAAAGCUACACCACCUUCAAUCUCUGUCUUCUCUCUCAACUUUCUUUCUUUUUCUUAUCUGUUUCUGUUGCUACAAAGGAUAGUGAUGGAACUGUUAUUACUUUCCCGUAUGUGUAGUUAGAGAAAGAAAAGAAAGAAGAUAUUGAAUGUGAAAAUCCAAUGGCUAACAACUGGAGAUGCAGUAGUUGUAAUUGUUUUUUGUGGAGGGGCUCAUCAUCAUCAGAGUCUUAUUCUUCUUCUUCAUCAACGAAGCUAUUGUUGUUCAUGUUACCUCUUCUAGUCGUUGCUGGGCUUAUUUCAGUGUUAGGUCCCAACAACCCCUCCAAUUUAGUUGAUAUUGCUAAAAAGCCCCUCUCAGAUGCCUCUGUUACUGUCACCACGGUGGAGUCACCGCCGCUAACUGAAGUAGCGAAGAAGAAGCAAGGCGGGGAAGGGCUGGUGGUGGUGGCCGUCAAUAAUGCUCACGGCGGAAAACAGGAGGAAGCCAAAGCAAUCUCCGAAACACUCUUCAAUCACUCCUCUACUCCCUCACUUCCAAUUCAGGCCAUAGAAACGUUUAUUCAAUCUAACACCACCGAGGGAAUUCUCAAUGCCUCCUCCAAAACCUGGCCCAUCGUGGCUUCCAUGAAUGAAUCUUAUAACCCUAUUGAAACACCGAGGCGGCAAAGAAAAUUCAGCAUUUUAGAUAGAACUGAAGCUGGUCUACUACAAGCUCGAGUUGCAAUUAGAGAAGCAAAAAACAGGAGUCAAUUACAAGAUAUAGACUAUGUUCCAAUUGGACCAAUGUAUCAUAAUGCUAAAGCAUUUCACAGGAGUUACUUAGAGAUGGAGAAACUGUUCAGGGUAUAUGUGUACGAAGAAGGGGAACAUCCUGUGUUCCAUAACGGCCCUUGCAAGAACAUAUACUCCAUAGAGGGGAGUUUCAUCCAUGGCAUUGAGAUGAACGAGCGAUUCCGAACAAGAGAUCCUGAGAAAGCACAUGUAUACUUCCUUCCUUUUAGCGUAGCAAUGAUGGUGCAAUUCGUCUAUGUACGUGACUCUCGUGAUUUCGGACCCAUACGAAAAACAGUCACUGACUAUGUCAAUCUCGUAGCCGGAAGAUAUCCAUAUUGGAACCGAAGCUUAGGUGCUGAUCAUUUCAUGCUCUCUUGUCAUGAUUGGGGGCCGGAGGCAUCAUUUUCGGUACCAAACUUGGGGAAGAAUUCAAUUCGAGUGCUGUGCAAUGCUAACACAUCGGAGGGAUUCAAACCUACAAAGGACGUGUCUCUUCCCGAAAUAAAUCUCCUAACGGGAACAUUAGACGGUUUCCUUGGUGGGCCAUCUGCAUCAAAGCGUCCAGUUCUAGCUUUCUUUGCUGGUGGGCUUCACGGGCCCGUUAGGCCCGUUCUUCUCGAGCACUGGGAGAACAAAGACGAGGACAUUCAGGUCCACAAGUACCUACCAAAGGAUGUGGCCUACUACACAAUGCUGAGGAAAAGCAAGUUCUGUCUGUGUCCAAGUGGGUACGAGGUUGCAAGCCCAAGGGUAGUUGAGGCAAUUUACACUGGUUGUGUACCAGUGCUGAUUUCGGACCAUUAUGUCCCUCCGUUCAGUGAUGUGUUGAAUUGGAAAGCGUUCUCCGUUGAGGUUUCGGUUAAGGAUAUUCCUAGACUGAAGGAGAUUUUGUUGAGCAUUUCUCCUAGGCAGUAUAUAAGGAUGCAGAGAAGAGUGGGACAAAUUAGGAGACAUUUUGAGGUACAUUCUCCACCAAAGAGGUUUGAUGUAUUCCAUAUGAUCCUUCAUUCCGUGUGGCUCAGACGGUUAAACUUUAGAAUUCAUGAUGAUCUAUAACUUGGUAGCUUUUUUUUGUUGUUAUGCCACUGGUGACAAAAAUUAAUUAGUUUCGGCGGUAUGAGGUGGUACAUGUGAUUCUCUUCUUUGUCCUGUGUAAAAUUAUUCAUAGAGGAAGCAUAGGAUUCCAAUUUGCCAGUAUGCCUGGAUUCCAGUUCAUUUUAAUAAUCUCCACCGUUCCUUUUUGGUAGUUUUAUGUAUGUAAUCUGUAAGGUGUUUGCCUGAUGACAAAUUUAUAGGUAUUGAUAUGUAAAAAAUAUAUAGUCAUAUAAAAUU